AUGACCGUUUUGACGGUUGACUCCAUAAAAGAACUAAGCAGAAGAUGCAGUCCAAGUGUUUGUUUUAAUUCCUCUCCAAGGAUGGUGGUUGCAUUUUCCGGUGACACUACUCGCCUGAGUUACUGGUUGACCUGGGAUUUCUUGCUCUGUUUAUCAUCGGUGUUUACCUCCACAAUCACAGCAUCAAUACUGAUAUGGAAAUAUGAAGGUUCAGACAACACAGAAAGAGCUUCUUCUCUUUAUGAUGGUGAAUCAUGGAUGCCAUGUCUGAAAGGACUAAGCCCUUUUUGGUUAAUGGGUUUCAGAAUGAUUGCAUUUUGCUUGAUUUUAGCUGCUUCCAUUGCUGAUGUCGCUACUCAUGGCACCAACUUAUUUUACUAUUAUACCCAGUGGACUUUGAUUUUGACAACGAUCUAUUUUCUGUUUGGAUCGGUGGUAUCUGCUUCCGGAUGUUUCCGGAAGGACAAGAAGAAGAUUUAUAAUGCUCAUAGAAAAGAUAUGAUAGAUACAGAGCAAGGAAUUGGAAUCUAUAUGCCUCUCAACCAUGAAGUAAAUCUUCAAGAGGAAUGUUAUUUCUCACAAACUGCUGCCAUUUGGGGAUACAUUUUUCAAAUUGUAUUUCAGAUUACUGCUGGGGCAGUGAUGCUGACUGAUGGUGUUUACUGGCUUGUAAUCUUUCCAUUUAUUAGCAUUUCAGAUUAUGAAAUGAGUCUUUUAACAGUUGUUGUUCAUUCACUUAAUCUUGUUUUGGUGCUAGGAGACACGGCCAUGAAUAGCUUGCGUUUCCCAUGGUUCAGAAUUUCAUAUUUUAUCUUGUUCACUGUGUUAUAUGUGAUCUUCGAGUGGAUUGUCCAUGCCUUUGUUGAAACAUGGUGGCCAUACCCUUUCCUUGAUGUAUCCGCCCCAUAUGCUCCUAUGUGGUACUGGAUGGUUGCAGUGUUGCAUCUUCCAUGCUAUGCUUUGUUUGCGUUGUUUGUGAAAACAAAGUACACAGUCUUGUCUGGAUGGUUUCCUGAGUCAUAUCAAUGUUUGAGAUGAUAUCUGUUUUAGAUAGCAUUAAUGCUCUUUUACAACAAAUUAAUUUCAUAUUCAUUAGAUUAUUGCACUCUUUAUUUAUUCUUUUCAAAUCUGACAAGGUCAUUUUAACUUUUGUUACAAAUGUAG